UCAAAUAAUGGAUGGGUCAUCCUCCAAUCACGCCGUGAUUGGAGGAAGCCUGAUUCCUCAUUUUAGACCCAGGAAGAGGCUUUGUGACGGUUGGAGGAAGCUGGAGCGGCUGUCAAGGUAAGUAUUUUUUCACAACACGAGUGAAAUGUAAAUUUUGAUGAAUUAAAGUGCCCCUGUUUUUAAUCAAAUUUUUAAAAACCGGGCACUUUUGCAUCAAAAUUUACAUUCACUUUAACCAUAGCGUAAAGUACAGAAGUCUUGGCAUGAGAUGUCACCAGUGUUUGUGUGUGGUGACCUAUAGUACAAAUUGUAUCUUCUCUGUGUUUAGGCUGAGCCGCUCAGUUUGCGCAUCACUUGCUGACAUGUCUGACGACUUAUAUUUGACCAGUACAAAGAUGACCGGGGGUAUUUCCUGUAAAAUCUCAGAUGUCCCCGCUCUGGCUACAUCGGAACAGAUGGCGUUUGAUGAAGUUGCGGUUUACUUCUCGGAGGACGAAUGGGACACGUUAAAUGAUGAACAAAAGUCGCUUUAUAAGGAAGUGAUGCUGGAGAAUUACCGCACCCUCAGCUCACUGGGGCAUCUUCAUGUGAAGCCAUCGGUUGUCUCAAGGCUCGAGCGAGGGGAGGAGCCGUACGUGUCUGGCCACCUGCAGCUCAGCACGGACGGCUCAGUGACUGCUUUAGAAAUGGAGCCUAACGCAGGGUACAAUAUCAGGAAAUCUAACAGAGAAGACAAAGUGCCACAACUGUACCACAGUAACCAAUAUGAUGAGUGUCACUUACAAGAUCACAAAUGUGAUGACAAAGGAAAUAAAGCAUUUUGUUUUUCUGAUAGUUUCCAUUUUCUAACUAAGAAUACAGAGCUUGUUAACCAUCAGAUGAUUCACAGUACGAGUACACCCUCAGUAUUUCUGCGUGGGGCUAUUCAUUUCUUCCAACAGCAGAUUAAUGGAGAGAAGCUGUUUCCAUGUUCUGAGGAUGUUCAGCGAUGUUUAGACUGGCGGUCCCGCCUUAUUAUGCAUCAGACCAUGCAUCCAGGAGAGCAACCAUUUUUAUGUCUUAAAUGUGGAAAAUGUUUUACCCAAAAAUCAGACCUGCGGAAGCAUAAGAAAACACACGCAGGAGACAAACCUUUUUCAUGUUCCGAAUGUGGGAAAUGCUUUAGCCGUCAAUCAAAACUAAUUGCACAUCAUAACAUUCAUACAAAAGAGAAAACAUAUCCGUGUUCUGAAUGUGGUAAGUGCUUUAGUCUGCAACAAUCCCUUAUUGCACAUCAGAAAAUGCAUUCUGGAGACAAGCCUUUUCCAUGCCCUGAUUGUGGGAAAUACUUUACCAGGCAAUCCCAUCUUAUUGCACACAAGCGCUUGCAUACUGGAGAGAAACCAUUUUCCUGUUCUGAAUGUAGCAAAUGUUUUACGCAGAAAUCAAACCUUACGGUACAUCAAAAAAUUCAUACAGGAGAGAAGCCAUUUUUAUGUUUUGAAUGCGGCAAAUGUUUUACCCAGAAGUCUGACCUGCUUAAGCACAAGCAAAUUCACACAGGAGAGAAACCAUUCUUAUGUUCAGAAUGUGGCAAAUGUUUUAACCGGCAAUCAAAUCUAACUGCACAUCAGAAGAUGCAUAAAGGAGGCAAGCCAUUUACCUGCUCCGAAUGUGGAAAAUCUUAUACCCAAAAAUCAACUCUUGUUGUACAUCAAAAAAUCCAUGCAGGUGAGAAACCAUAUUCGUGUUCUGAGUGUGGAAAAUGUUUUACCCAGAAAUCACGGCUUAUUGUGCAUCACAAAACUCAUACAGGAGAGAAACCAUUUAUAUGUCCUGAGUGUGGGAAAUGUUUUAGUCUGCAUCAGUCGUUAAUUGCCCAUCUGAAGAUGCACACUGGAGAAACACCAUAUUCAUGCUCUGUAUGUGGGAGACACUUUACUCGGCAAUCGCAUCUUAUUACGCACGAGAGGUUGCACACAGGGGAAAAGCCCUUUUUAUGCGCUGAAUGUGGAAAGUGUUUUGCCCAGCAAGCCAGCCUUAAUGUACACGAGAAAAUGCAUAAAGCAGGGAAAGUGCCUUCAUGACCUGAAUGAAAGAAACGGUUUAGCCUGUAAUGUUACUUUAUUACUCCUCAAAACAAGGGAGAGCAAUGUCACCUGAAUGAGAGAAUUAUUGUCUUAUUAGUACAUGAUAGAGAAUGCAGAAAGCUUGAAGACCAUUUUUGUACAGACUGAAGUUUCCAUCGGUUUAUUAAAACUUGAAUUCUAAUAUUUCCCAUUUAAAGAGGUAUUAAAUUUUUUUUUUUUUAAUGCAUUAUAGUUCUGCCGGAAUCAAACUGCCAGCCACCCUUUCAGGGCCUUAUUUUUAUCCAAAACCUGUCAAAUGCUGUGCCACCUGCCCCUUGACGGUAACCAGAGCACACACCAAAGUGAACAGUAAAUGGCAAACUCACAGCCUGAGAUUGGAAGGGCGGCUGGUGACACAAUGUCUAGGCAAGCACUCAAGAGUGGUGCUAAAAAUAUUAUGUAAAAAGCAGACAGUGCUAGUGAUUUACAUGAGAUGAUGAUUUAUUCUCACUGCCGCUGAUACAGUUUAUUUACUUAAGUACUGGUGCUUAUUACAGCAAAUUAUGUAAUACAACAUGCAGUGUAUUUCCUGUAUAAAUGUACGUCUUGUUAAUAAACGGAACAAGAAUGAACAACA